UCUCACAAAUGGAAUGUAGUGGAGUUUGAUGAUCAGGGAAAUAUUAGAAUGUCACAAAUUAAGAGGAGUGAUUUAUACACAAAUUAUGGGCUACAAGGUAGAGACAUUAGAAUUUUAGUAAGCAACAUGAACUAUCCAUCAAUCUUGCCAAGAUCUCAAUGUAUUAUUGUCUCCAUUAGCAACAUAAGUGCUAUCAUUACACAUGAGAAGCUUUAUUUGCUGAAGAGUGAUUACACAAACAAUCUUGACCCUACCUUUAUCAAAUUUAUUCAACAAUUUUUAAUUUACUAUGCUAAAUCUAAGGAAGUGAACAAGUACAGUUUUGACGAUACACCUUACGGGUUCUUUGAACAAUCGUAUGCACUUCCAUUCGAGUUUAGAAUUCUUGAAUGUAUUCUCCACAAGGUUUGUGCUACCAUAGAAAAGGAGAGAAAUGAAAUCCAAGAACGAGUUAACGAUAUUCUUGCUGCACCUGACUAUACAAGUGAAGAAGUUCUGUAUCAAAUUUUGCAAACCAAACAAAAACUCACCCGAUUCAAAACUUUUGUGAAUGAACUUCAUGAGACUAUUGAAAAUAUUUUACAACAAGACGAUGACAUGGCAACCAUGUAUUUAUCUGAAAAAGUGGCCAAUGGAAAACCUAGAGAUAUCGACAAACAUGAGGAAAUUGAAAUGUUACUUGAAACAUAUCAAAACAGAGUGGAAAAUGUAAUCAACUCAAUUGAUGAUAUGAGAGAAGAUUUAGACGACACUCAAGAAUUUCUUGAAGUUUGCUUGGACAGUAUUAGAAACAAAAUGAUGCAAAUGGAAUUACAAUUAGCUAUUGCAGCAUUUUCACUUACAUUUGGUACAUUGAUGGCUGGUGUAUUUGGCAUGAAUCUGUUGUCUCACUUUGAAGACCAUCCAUAUGCCUUCUAUUAUACAUCAGGAUUAAUUGCUCUUUCCACACUCUUCUUAUUUGUCAUUACUCUUUUAGUUUGUAAACGAAAGGGUAUUUUC